AUGUCAUCGUCAGAAAGUGAAUUAAACAAUGAAAUUGAAGUUGAGGGCUAUCAAUUUGAACCAGAGUUUACAGAGGAAGAAAUUGAAGCCCAGAAUGAUGCCCCUCCACCUGCAGUUAAUGUGAAUGAGAGAGGAGCAUCAUUAAAUUGGUGUACUUGUGAAAACUGUACAAUUCUACCUACAUUUAAGGAAUGUCUUUGUUGCUAUGAAUUUGAACAUUAUGUGGCGGACUACAUUAACGAGCACAUAAAGUGCAUAUCCCAGCACCCAGAUUUUGAUACAGUGUGUCUUAGUCCUGUCAUCCUCGAGACAGCUUAUAUUAUCUAUCUAAGAUAUACCGGUAAAAGCCAGAGAGGAAGAGCCCCAGAGCACUUAAAUAACAAACAAUCAAGAUUUAUGGCCUACAGACAGUUUAUAAAUUGGGUUAGGCGAGGUCAGCCUCUUGGGAAAAAGUUCAGAGUUGUUAUUCCAUCAUGUGUAGUGACAAAAAUAAGGAAUUCAUUUCCCGAUGAGCAUGGAAAUUAUGAAGGAUUUCAUGAAGCCUCAGACACUGAUUCAGAUUCUGAAUAA